GUUUAUCUAAAACUCAGGUAAUAUGUCAUUAAUCUGUAAUGUAGAGUGAGUAAGUAAUUAGAACAAAGUUUGACAUGUUCUACAGUAAGUUACUACAGUGUGUUCCAGUAGAUUGCCCGGCGUCUCCUCAACAUGAAUGAAUGAAUCUUUCAGUCUCUGAACGCGGCUGAAUCGAGUGAAAAUGGGUGAUGAAUCAAAGCCAGUGGACGGAGAGGUGAAUGCUAAUAAAUAUUUCUCAAAAACAGCCGCGACUGAUGCUGAGGUGUCUUUUGAACAUCGAAGCGCACCGCCGGAAACGCGUUUAUAUAAAAAGAGAUGGGUCAUAGUGUUAUUAUUCAGCUCCUAUUCGCUGUGUAACUCCUAUCAAUGGAUUCAAUACGGAAUCAUCAACAAUAUCUUCAUGCGCUUCUACGGCGUGGACUCUUUCACCAUUGACUGGAUGUCCAUGAUUUACAUGUUGACGUACAUUCCGCUCAUUUUCCCCGUCUCGUGGCUCUUGGAUAAAAAAGGGCUGAGGGUCAUCGCGCUCGUGGCGGCGGCUCUGAAUUGCACUGGCACGUGGAUCAAGGUGGCCAGCGCGAGACCGGACCUUUUUCCGGUCACAUUCUUGGGUCAGUUCACGUGCUCAGUGGCUCAGGUGUUUAUCCUCGGGAUGCCCUCGCGCAUCGCGUCGGUGGGGUUCGGAUCUGAAGAAGUGUCCACUGCCUGCUCCAUCGGGGUCUUCGGAAAUCAGUUGGGGAUUGCCAUAGGCUUCCUAGUUCCACCAAUACUGGUUCCAAAUGUGGACAAUCUGGACGAGUUGGCGGCUCACAUCAGAGUCAUGUUCUACAUCACGGCGGGAGUGGCCACCUUCCUGUUUGUAUUGGUUGUCAUUGUGUUUCAGGAGCGUCCGGAGAUCCCUCCCACCCACGCUCAGGCCGCGGCUCGGCAGAUCUCUCCAGAGAACUACUCAUAUACAGCAUCCAUCCUCAGGCUGCUUCGCAACAAAGCCUUCAUCCUUCUCGUCAUCACUUACGGGCUGAAUGUUGGCUGUUUCUACGCUGUCAGUACGCUUCUCAACCGAAUGAUCAUUGAACACUAUCCUGGAGAGGAGGUGAACGCCGGCAGGAUCGGCCUCACCAUCGUGAUCGCUGGCAUGGUGGGAUCUCUCAUCUGUGGGAUCUGGUUAGACCGAUCUAAGACAUACAAACAAACGACUCUAGCCGUGUAUGUGAUGUCGCUUGUGGGUUUGGUGCUUUAUGCUUUUACCUUGGAUCUGGGUCACCUGUGGGUGGUCUUCAUCACAGCAGGAACCCUCGGGUUCUUCAUGACGGGUUACCUUCCCCUCGGUUUUGAGUUUGCUGUUGAAUUGACUUACCCAGAGUCUGAGGGGACGUCUUCAGGACUUCUGAACUGCUCAGCACAGGUAUUCGGGAUUAUAUUUACGAUCUGUCAGGGGAAAAUCAUGGACUCUUUUAAUACUCUGGCCGGAAAUCUCUUCCUGUGUGCCUUCCUGCUGAUAGGAACCAUCAUUACAGCCUGUAUUAAGUCUGAUCUGCGCAGACAGCUGGCAAACCAACAAGCACUGGCAGCCGCAGCAUUGGGCAGGUCAGACGUUCAGGAUCACAGUGGGACGUCUCUCCUCCCCUCCACACACAUGUGAUCAAUCAAUCACUGCCUGAUUUUAUUGCUCACUGUGGUUCAGGGCCCUGUGGAAGCGUCACCGGCACAAGCUUUUGAAGCCAAACUCUAAUGUGAUCACGCGACUGAUCAAUUAGUACAAUUAUCUUUUAUAGUUUUUUAUCCUGCCUUGAACUUUUAUACAUUUUUCCUUUGGGACUUUUGAAUCACGCUGUAUUGUGUGUGUGUGUGUGUGUGUUUGUGUGUGUGUGUGUGUGUGUGUGUGUUCAUUUGAACUGUAUUGAGUGUUUAUAUCAGCCAGGGACUGAUCAGGUGUUUGUUUGUUUUGUUGGUAUUGUGUGAUCAUUUGUUUACUUGAUCACUAAUCAUCUCAAGUAGGAGACAUUCAAAUUUUUUAACUAGUUUAUCAAAUGAUGAUUUAAAUUAUUGUUAACAUUUAAAAUUUCUUAUAUCUUCAAACAAUGUCUUAUUGUAAGUUUGAAAAAAAAAUCUACAAUGAAACCCAUAAGAAUGUGGAGCAUUUCAGUAUUGUUUGAACUUAAGAAUUGAAACCGAAGCUCAACACAGUUAAAUAUACUGUGUUGGUUUCAAUCUGUGCAAUAAGUACUGAAUAACUGUUUCUUUAUUUUUAUAUAGUUGUUUCGUUUUUUUUUACCCUAAUUGAAGCUCUCUAAAGACCAUCUGAAUAAAUUGUAAUAAAUAAAACAAAUCUAACAUCUAA